AUGGACGCGCCUCCGAAGCGUCUCUUCACAGGCUGCAUUUUUUUCAACAACACGGCGCCCAUGGGGGGUGGUGCUGUCAACAUCGACGCAGCCACCUUUGAUGCAUUCGGCCUCACUGACCGCGUGCCGGCGCUCACCUUCCUGCGCUGUAGCUUCAACGGCAACAGCGCGCUGACGCAUGUGGGCGGGGCGGUUAGGGUGGCCGGGACAGCCAGGCUGCGGUUUGAGAGUUACGCUUCUGGGGGAGCAGUUAACUCCAAAGUCGCCGCCCUCACGUUCGUCAAAGCCAACCUAUUGAGCAACAAGGCCCACGGCGCUGCCGCUGUCAGCGGCGUCACCUCUGGCGCAGGCUGCGCCGUCUACGCCGCUGCCUCGGGAACAAACACCGAGGCUGCUCUGCGCUUCUGCUCGACAACCUCCUUCCAGUAUAACAGCGCCAGAGUUGUGGACGGGGCCAACCUGUAUCUGGAAGCGGGCGUGGUCGGGUCGCGGUGGGCGGCUGUGUUGGCGUUUUGCGGCUGUAGCAAGCCGAGUGGGAGUGUGGUGCCAACGAGUGGGUGGCAGCUGGUGACCAGUUGCUCAUCCAGUACCUCGGGUGGCCACACUCCUCGUUUGAGUCGACUCAAAAGUCUUCUUGGUGCCCACACUCCUCUUCUCCCUCAUGCUCCCUUGCGCAUUCCUCUGGCAUGA